UACUUUAGCUCCGCCCGCCUCGCGAUGGUAGAGAUCCGCUGUCCCUCUCGCAUACACACACACACUCUCACGCUGACACACACAGUCACACACACUCAUACACGGAGCAGGACUGAGCGGAGCGGCGCGCCCGGACAGGAGCACUGAUGACCGGCAGAUGAUGGGACGUCACGUCUUUCUGAACAAACUGUGUUAAACGAAGGAAAACCGAGGAGUCUCUGACAGCUGGAGCAGCACCAACUAACCAAUCAGAAUCUCUGAAGGUCACCGAGGGCCCAGAGGUCAGAGGUCAUCAUGCAGACUAUAAAGUGUGUGGUUGUGGGUGACGGUGCUGUGGGGAAGACCUGCCUCCUUAUAUCCUACACGACCGGAGCCUUUCCCAAAGAGUACAUCCCCACCGUGUUCGACAACUACAGCAGCCAGGUGACGGUGGACGGCAGGAUCAUCAGCCUGAACCUGUGGGACACGGCGGGGCAGGAGGAGUACGACCGCCUUAGGACGCUCUCCUACCCACAGACCAACGUCUUCAUCAUCUGCUUCUCCAUCUCAAGCCCCGCCUCCUAUGAGAACGUCAAACACAAGUGGCACCCAGAGGUAUCCCACCACUGUCCCGGCGUUCCCAUCCUCCUGGUCGGAACGAAAAGUGACCUCAGGAACGAUGCCGAGAUUCAGAGAAAGCUCAAGGAGCAGAACCAGGCACCGGUCACCCACCAGCAGGGCGCCGCCCUCGCCCGCCAGAUCCAGGCCAUCCGCUACAUGGAGUGCUCGGCCCUCAACCAGGACGGCAUAAAGGAAGUGUUCACCGAGGCGGUGAGGGCGUUCCUCAACCCACAGCCCACCGUCACCAAGAAACCCUGCGUCCUGCUGUAGGAGCCGGAAACUCCCGGGAAUACCGAUGGGUUCGAGUUGGGCUGAUGUUCAUUUAACUGCCUGAGAGACUGGCUGCAAGAUUUUUAUGUUUGGUUAGAUUUGAUAUCUUUUAAUUAGCAAAAUGAAGAUUUGAAUUAAGGAGGAGCCGAGAUCAUUUUUCUGAUGCACCGGCGAGGCCCUCCAGUUUGACGUAAUUGUGACUUUAUGUAUCGCAUACAGCACGACCUCCCUGAGCACGAGCAGAAUGUCUUUAUGGGCCAACACUGCAGCCAGAGUCCAGCCACAAACCUGCUGCUCUACGUUCACCACCAUCCUCUCCUUCACAGUUACUGAAAUGUCUGCAGGUUAACGAUGUCAUAACUUUCAUUUUUAAACUUUUUCCAUCUUUAGGUCCAAAUGUUUCUAAAAAACAAAAAUGUAUAAAAAUGAGUUUCAAAGCAGGUCAUUAAGUCUGGACGAACUGGAGAUGGACCACGAGAAUCCAUUUACAAUAAAAUCCAUGUAAAAGUUUGAAAUCACCACAAAAUAUUUAUGAUUACAUGAACAAUCAGAGUUAAUAAAGCUGUUACUCUCCAUCCACGCCUCAUUAGAUCCACAAGGUUCAAACAUUAAUGUUAAUGAGGACUCAACCUCAAACCCAGAGAUACUCGGUUUAUGAAACACCCGAGGCGCUCCGCCCUCAGGCGAAAUGAUAUUUUCAGAUUAUUCUUUGAGCAGAUCGACAAAAACCAGAGAAAUCGACUCCAAGUCUUCAUCACGUGGAUGAAGACUUCAUCACGUGGAUGAAGACUUCAUCACGUGGAUGAAGACUUGGCCUGAGGGACAGUUUAGUGCACGGCUGCAAACAGGAGCUGCUCACAGAUGAUUGAGCUGCUUCAACGGGACAAAAAGCCUCAAACCGAGGCUGAAAAACAGCGUGAAGACGGCCUGAGGUCGAUGGGUGGGUCUGACAGGAAGCAGUGCUGGUGGAGUGCUGAGCUGAUCUGCAUAGAAAGGGGGAAGUUAUAUAUACAUAUGGCUGUUAUUGAUACUGAGAUACUGGCUGUAAACAGAAACACGAUCUGUGAGGCAGCUUUCACACAUCAGAUUCUGCUCCUCAAAAUCUUUCAGAAAUGCAAACGUGAAGAAUUUCCCUCCACCAGAGCAGCUUUGCAUGAGUCACAGUUCACAAUAAUCCUUCUUUAUCAUCCCAGGCCUCAGCUGUUUUAGCCCCUCCCCUUUUAGUCAUAUCUGAUUGGCUGCCUUUAGUGGGUGUGGCUUCUCAAUGACCAUAUGAGGAUAUUCCUUCCUGUGAGGCCAGGUGGCUCCUCCGGUUUGUGAUGUCACUAAACUUGAUUGAAAAUGUGAUUGUUGUUGUUUUUGUUGCUGAUUUCAUUUCCUGUAUUUUAUUUAAAUGUGAAAAUACAUUUAAAGUGUGUUUCAUGCAGUAACUCGG